GGGCUCACACCUUUUGCAGAGACCUCGGGCGGCGGCGGGGCCCGGGAGGGGCGGAGGCUGGGGCCAGACGCCUCGCCGCCUCCGCCUCGGCGAAUAGCAGCGCGCUGCCCGCCCGGAUUGGAGCAGCAGCAUCACGCUGACCUCUGCCUGGGAUGUAAACCGGCCCAGCCGCUGCGGGCAAAGGAAGGCUCUUGGCUCCUCCGGGAAACCCAGCCCCAUCACCGGGCUCCGAGCGGCUCGCAGGCGAGCGGCAGCGGCCUCAGCCCCGGCAGCGCCCAGCGGCGGCUGCGGAAAGCGGAGGGAGUCCGACGCGGGCGCGGGCGGGGAGCGUGCGUCCGUUCGCACAGGCAGCGGGAGGAGGGGCGGCGCGAACCAUGGCCGGGGACAGCGAGCAGACCCUGCAGAACCACCAGCAGCCCAACAGCGGCGAGCCCUUCCUUAUAGGCGUCAGCGGGGGAACGGCUAGCGGCAAGUCUUCCGUGUGUGCUAAGAUCGUGCAGCUCCUGGGGCAGAAUGAGGUGGACUAUCGCCAGAAGCAGGUGGUCAUCCUGAGCCAGGAUAGCUUCUACCGUGUCCUCACCUCGGAGCAGAAGGCCAAAGCCCUGAAGGGCCAGUUCAACUUUGACCACCCGGAUGCCUUUGACAAUGAACUCAUUCUCAAAACACUCAAAGAAAUCACCGAAGGGAAAACAGUCCAGAUCCCCGUGUAUGACUUUGUCUCCCAUUCCCGGAAGGAGGAGACAGUUACUGUCUAUCCCGCAGACGUGGUGCUCUUUGAAGGGAUCCUGGCCUUCUACUCCCAGGAGGUACGAGACCUGUUCCAGAUGAAGCUUUUUGUGGAUACAGAUGCGGACACCCGGCUCUCACGCAGAGUAUUAAGGGACAUCAGCGAGAGAGGCAGGGAUCUUGAGCAGAUUUUAUCUCAGUACAUUACGUUCGUCAAGCCUGCCUUUGAGGAAUUCUGCUUGCCAACAAAGAAGUAUGCUGAUGUGAUCAUCCCUAGAGGUGCAGAUAAUCUAGUGGCCAUCAACCUCAUCGUGCAGCACAUCCAGGACAUCCUGAAUGGAGGGCCCUCCAAACGGCAGACCAAUGGCUGUCUCAACGGCUACACCCCUUCACGCAAGAGGCAGGCAUCGGAGUCCAGCAGCAGGCCUCAUUGACCCAUCUCCAUCGGACCCCAGCCCCUAUCUCCAAGAGACAAAGGAGGGGUCAGGAGGCACUGCUCAUCUGUACAUACUGUUUUCCUAUGACAUUACUGUAUUUAAGAAAACACCAUGGAGAUGAAACGCCUUUGAUUUUUUUUUUUUCUUUUUGUACUUUGGAACGACAAAAUGAAACAGAACUUGACCCUGAGCUUAAAUAACAAAACUGUGCCAACUACUACUGGUGAUGCCUAAUUAUGAAUCCAACGUGUAACCAGUUAUAAAUACAUAUAUAUAUAUAUAUAAAAGGAUCUAUUUUUGUGUAAAUGUACAAAUACUGUAAAGCUGUUUGCCAUAAGUAUUUUGCAGGAGGGUCUGUACUUGAGUGUUUUAGGACUGGAGCUGGGAUUUCACCAAGGGGGAAUUGCCUGUUGUGUCCCAGGGCAGGGAGGCUCGGGCAUCUGUGAGAGACAGGGAGGGUGGCUAAGGUCCCAUUGCUGUUGAGUGCCCCGUGGAACUCGAUGGGAAUGGGGUUGGAAAACCUUGAUUGCCUCCUCUGUCACAUGCCACUCUUGGAGCUACAGCUUAGUGAUAUGUCAAUGAGAGAUACUCUUGUCUUUUUCUUUUCUUUUCUUUUUUUGAGUUGAAAUUAGGUAAAACCUCAACUCAAAAAUCAAACUCAGGGAAGAGGCCCACUGAGGAGAACAAGUCUUCUGCAUUUUCUUCCUGCCCUGCUCCCACCCUCUCGCCUCUGGCUGCUUGGAUAGCUUGGUGACUCCUUCCUCACCCUCCUGCUUCUCCGUCUCUCCAAGAAGCCAGAGCUUCCUCUUUCCUUCCCUGGAAGAGAUUUUAUGGGAUCACUUCCUGAAAGAAGAUGGGAAGGAGAGGGCAGAACUUUGCCUGCUGUCAUAUCUGAAGAAUCACUGGUUCUUUCUGCCUCCCAGGGACGUAACUGAUCUGACUCCUUGGGCUUUUUCCUGUAUUGUGGAAUAUAGAGUGAACCAUUGCAGGCUGGGUGUGGGUGAGGGCUUCGGUAACUGACGCCGGCAGCAGCGCCUUACGGGGUGGCAGGGGAGCUCUGUCUGUGGAGGGGUAGUAGUUUCUGUUUCCUGGAGGUUUGCAGUGAGGUGAGAAGAGUAACUUUGGUCAGGGAUUCUCACUAGCAGCAUCAUGGCCAGGAUGAUUUUCUUAUUUGCAAUACCACCUAGUGGAUAUGGCAGCUGCAGAGCAUAAAAGGGGCUCAGAAAAGCAGUUUUUAAAAAGUAUUUAAAAGGAGAGUAUUUAAAUCAUAGGUACCUAAGUUGGAGUCUGAGGUUGAAAUAUUUGGGGUGGAGAUUUCUAGCUUUCCUGAGAGCCGCUGCUUGGUGGCAGUGUUUUCUCUGGAAGUAGAGAUUCUUGACAUUCUGGGUGGAGGGGAGCCCAAGUAAGCCUGAAGGAGGUCUGAUUAUAGAGUCCCAAGCCUCAGUUUCUGACCGCAGAAGAGCCAGAGAUUUUCAUUUCAUUGUUGAUCAUCUUAGUGCUUGGUGGACUGUGCCCUUAGCUAGCCCACUGUGGCUGCCAUUGCCAGAAACAUUUUGGAGAACCUUUUUCUUUCCAUUGCUCUCAGAGCCUGUUCUAGCCAUUCAGGUAAAUUGGUCUCUGUUAUUACCUGAUCACACCAGAUUUUCCCCUCAGACUCAGCACCAUCCAGUCUGAUUCCCCUUUUCUGGGCUCAGUUUGACUCUAAAUCUGUUUCGCUAUUUUAAAAAGUCAAACCUAGUCCCCAACAGAGCUUGCCACCUGGAGACUUUCAGGAGACCGUGCAGGCUGUGAAGGGAGCUCCCAGUCACAGCAGCUGCCUACUUGGAGCAAGGGAAGGCUCCCAAGAUGCCUCCUUUGAAAGCCGGUGCUCACCGGGAUCAGUUCAGGAUCAACCAUUAUUAUCCUUGUAGUCAUGCCCUGAUCAGUUCUGAGAUGAAGCAGGGAAUGCAGACCUGGGUUAGCAUCUUGAGGACACAGGGCCCCUGGCCUUGAUGGCACUGGGCUGUGCUCAGGUGAAGCCCACCCCUGUCUGGGAGAGCCUUGGCUUUUCAGUGGGCAGCAUGCUCAACUUUACUUGAAGCUCCCAGGUGCCAAACCAUUUAGUGCCUUGGCUGUUUAUUCCACUGCCUUGGAAGAUGGACUCGUCUCAUCUCUGAGCCUUUACCUAGCUGCUUCCUCAUCUACCUGUGGUGUUGGGACCAAGCCUCCAAUAUCUCUGAGUAGCCCACUCCUAGCUUGGAAACAGCUAUAAGGGCUGCCCUGCCCCUUGUCAAUAGCUUGGAAACAGCUAUAAGGGCUGCCCUGCCCCUUGUCAAAUCAUCACCAAUUCUUGGUGGCUUGGCUGGGGACACUGAACAGUGUCUGCUGGGGUCUGUGACACACUGUUCCUGGAAAAAGGAAGGGAUGGAAGGCUCUAUCCCUCUGUGGCAGCCCAGCAUUUAGCCAACUCUGUAUCUGAACUUGAGCUUUCUAUGGAACAAACAAUGGUCUUGGUUUUUUAAGAGCCUCUGGGUCUCUGAUUCCAUGGAGAGUCAGGAGUAGAAUUAUUGGACCAGAAACCAUGACAUUUGCCAUCUAGGUACUCUGCUCUUCAGGGUGGAGGCACAGAUGAGCAGAGUGGGGUGAUGUUGGUUGUAUGUGCAUGGAAGUCCCCUGGCUCCAGAACCAUCCACUGGUGCUUGGUUCUCUCUCCCUGCGCAGGUAGUGUGUGUGGACCAAGUGUUUAGGAAAUAAGCAUAGAAGCAUUAUGUCACAGGAAGGCCUGGCCUCACACUCCUUCACACUAAUGAGCCUUCUACUGACCCAAGUUUCUUAUUCUCGGGCAGCCUGGGACCACUAUGAGCAGAGAGAUGGGAAUCUGUGUAAGAAGGAUGCAAGUAUCCUUUGAUUUGGAGUGGACAGAGCAGGUCCUUGCAAAGGCAGUGGGUUAAACAACGGGAUGUCUGUGGGACAGGCCGGGGAGGAGGGCAGAGACAGGGUCUCCAGUUCACCUUGCCGCAGAACUAGCCUAAUCGUCCCUGCUUCUGGUCUUGGCCACUUGGCAAUCAUGGGGAAGUUGACUCCCCGCCUCACAUGGGCUUGGAGCUGGAUACUUGUGGCCACACCCAGGGUGGGUUGCCAGAGUUUCGUUAGGCCGCUGGGUCGGCCUGGAGGCUUGUGUACACCUCAGAGCAGCUGGGCAGCAGGAGGGCCGGAAGCCUGGUUGGUUUGUAUAUGACCUCUCUUGCUGCCCUCGUGCACUUUCCUUGAUUUAGCAACCUUGACCUGCACUGGCCCCCACGGCUGUUGGAGGGAAGUAACCUCUUGCAGGGAAAUACUUUCCUCUGCCCUGGAAUCUCCUAUGUGCCUGUUAAAGAUUCCAGGGCCAAGAACUGGGCAGGCUGAGGAGCAGCUAGGUAGUUGGGUUAUGCGGUUCAGGACUGCUUCUGGAAGGGACCGCCUGUACUUCUGUACCACCGUUGCCCUUUACACUUUGCUCAGGGCGGGGUGGGGGAAGCAUUCAAACAAAACAAGGAAGGGAACUGUCCGGCAAAGGCAUAAGAGGAUGCAUCCAGAGCUCAGUCCCCUUUAAUCUUUUGUCUCUGGACGUUCUGCUGCCCUCCUCAUACUGGGGACUGGCAUUCCGGGUCAGCUUGGCUGUGGUCUUAGAGGCAGGGAAUGCCUACCCAGUCCUGCCUCAGGAGCAGGGUGAGUAGCUAAAUACAGACUUAGGCUUUUUUUUCCCCCCUUUUAAGAUGCUUGCUCCUCUCCCUUUUCUUUUUACCACCCUACCUUUAUUGUUAGUGGUUACAAAGUGACCACAUAUUAUGUACUUCGCUGUAAAUAAAGACAAACAAAAAGGA